AUGCGUCCUGCUAUCUUCAGUUGCCGGAACAUCCCGCUCGUGUCGCUUCUGUUGGUGCUGGCUCCGGUGAUUUCGCCUCAGCAACAACAGCUCGUGCAAGCUAUAAAGCUCGACAUUCCUCUCGAGUUCUACCGCGGCGAUAGUAAGUCACUCGACAUUCCGCUUCCUGCCUGCUUCAUCUCUUCUUCCUCCCAUAGCUUCAUCGUUCCUUCACACAUCCUCCUUAUCCGUCCUGUAACCCUUCCUUCCUCCUUUACUCCCUCCCUCGCUCCCUCCCUCCCUCUUUCCUCUCGUCCCUUAUUUUCCUUCUUCUCACCCUUCCGUCCUCUUCGUUCCGCCUCAUAUUCCUUUCCUUCUUGGCUUCAACCCCCCACACCCCCUCUAACCUUCCCCCCCUCUUCCCCCCCCCAACCCCCCACCCUUCCUCCUCCCCCUCUUUCCCCCCUCUUUCCCCCCACCCCCCCCCUCCCACCCCCCGCCUUCCUUCAUCAACUCAAUAACUACGUGACUGACGUGUACGUCCGAGGAGUAGACUGUGCGGGUCGGGUGAUGCGAGCAGUGCCAAUAAGUGACCUAAGCGCAAGCAACGUGACUGGCAAUUUCCCAAAGCUCAAGGGUCCCUUCUCGUUUGACAUUGCUGCUGUCAUAUUUCUCAAGACCCUGAAUCUUGCGGGCAACAAACUCCAUGGCGCAUUUCCCAGCGAGCUGGCCCUCUCACCCAGCCUCGCCGCCCUCAACGUGGCAAACAACAGCCUCACAGGGCGCCUGUCCGAGGACCUCUGCAACCUCAACCUCACCUGCGUCAACGUGAUGGGCAACCCUCUCCGCGGGCCCAUCCCCUCGUGCUGGAGGAACUUCACAUGCCAAGACUGCAACCCGCCUCUCGCAGUGGCCGUGGCACCCCCAUCAGCUGCAGCCUCCUCUGUCAACGUCGUUGCCAUCAUUGCGGGUGUUGUGGGGGGUGCGGCAUUCAUUGCGCUGGUGGUUGCGGGGGCGAUGGUGGUGAUGAAGCACAUUGAGAGGAAGCGCAGGGAGGAAGAGGAGAGGCGCCUGGAGCAGGAUUUGGAGACCCAAAUUUCGUCUCGCCACUUUGGAACUCAAAAGAAGUUCACCUCAGCGGAGCUCAAGAAGGCCACCAACAGGUUUGACGAGGACUAUGUGCUGGGCGAGUGGGAGGGGGCGGCCCAGAUCUCAUCUCGCCACUUCGGAACCCUGAGGCGCUUCACCUCAGAGGAGCUGAAGAAGGCCACCAACGGGUUUGACGAGGACUAUGUGCUGGGCGAGGGCGGGUUCAGCAAGGUGUACAAGGGCAAGCUGGAGGACGGCAAGUUCGUGGCUAUCAAGAGGAUUAAGGAUGAGAAACGCGCGGGUGGCGAGCUGCAGUUCCUGUCUGAGGUGGAGAUGAUCAGCCGGGCCGUGCACCGCAAUCUCAUCCGUGCCGAGGGCUUCUGUGUGGAGCGCGGCGAGUGCAUGCUGGUGCUGCCCUUUUGCUCCAACGGAUCUGUGGCGUCCCGCACGCAGGGCAAGGAGGGUAACCCCAUGGACUGGCCGACGCGCAUGAAGGUGGCCCGGGGAGCAGCGGAAGGGAUAGGCUAUCUGCACACGGACUGCAAGCCAAAGCUGGUGCACCGCGAUAUCAAGGGUGCAGCAGAGAGGCUGGCAUCAGAGAGGCUGGCAUCUUUGCGCACAGAUUGCAAGUUGAAGCUGGCGCACCGCGAUAUCAAGUCGAUUUUUGAGUCGACUCAAAAAUCUGUUCUGCCCCUGCUCAUCUCCUGCUCAUCCCCUGCUCAUCCCCUGCUCAUCCCCUGCUCAUCCCCUGCUCAUCCCCUGCUCAUCCCCUGCUCAUCCCCUGCUUAUCCCCUGCUCAUCCCCUGCUCAUCUCCUGCCCAUCCUCACCAGGCGGCCAAUGUGCUGCUGGAUGAGAACGACGAGGCAGUGAUUGCGGAUUUUGGGCUGGCCAAGGAGAUGGACGUGAAUGAGACGCAUGCCACCACUGCUGUCAAGGGCACCAUCGGACACAUCGCCCCUGAGUACUUUGUGAGCGGGCAGUGCUCAGAGAAGACGGACGUGUAUGCCUUUGGGGUGUUCCUCCUGGAGCUCGUAUCAGGCAAGGACGUGUACGGAUUGACUGUCGUGCCCGAGGCUGAGGAGAUUCUACUGAGGGACUGGCUCGUGUCGGGCAAGGACGUGUAUGGGCUGGGCUCGCUGUCGUGCCUGAGGCAGAGGAGAUUCUUCUCAGGGACUGGCCUAAGCCCUUCUUCCUGUCAUGGGUGUUCUCGUCUCUCCCUCUCCCUGCUCGACCUCGUGUCGGGCAAGGACAUGUACGGCCUCUGGGCCGUUCCCGAGGCAGAGGAGAUUCUUCUGAGUAGACUGGGUGAGUGGGUUCAUCACCGGUUUAACCCCCUAUUCCUGCUGAUGACACACCUCUCCCCUGGGGCCUCCCUCCUGCAGGUGUCGCAGCUGCUGGUGGAGGGGAAGGCAGAUGUGCUUGUAGACCCAGAGGUGAAGAAAGCCGAGGGGGCAGUGGACAUGGGUCAGGUGGAGAAGAUGCUCCAGGUGGCGCUGCUGUGCCUCAAGAACGACCCGGCUGAGCGACCCACGAUGGAGGACGUGGCUAAGAUGGUGGCUGGGAGUGAGCUCACAGAGAAGUGGCAGCAGUGGCAGGUGAGGGGUGUGGGGUGA